GUGUAUAGCAGCACACGUGCUUUCUUUCAUAAGCUUUCAAGUCUGCCACGUGGAACUAUCUGACGUCAUGUUAUCAACACCACGAUGAAAAGGCAUACAAAAGUAAAAAACUUUUAAAAAAAAAAAAAUACAAAAAAAAGGGAAAGGAAAGCACGUUUCUUCUCCUCCGGUUGAGAGAGUGGAGGAGAGUCAAUGGCUUCCUUCAUCCUCAAGUUACCGUUUCUCAUCCCCACAAACGUUUCCAAACCCUCACUUCCUAUAAAAUCACUCCACGUGUCACACCUUCCUUCCCACCAUAGCCAUACUCAUACUCACCUCGCCAUCUCAAACUCAAGCCCAGUUCAUCAUGGUCCGUUGUCUUCUUCUUCUACAGCCUUCUUGGCAUAUCCAUAUUCAUAUCCAUAUUACGGGUCUGACUCUGAGAAGCGCAAAAAUUUGUGUCGCCCAGUGAAUGUGAAAGUCAACUCCCACCUCACAUAUCCUCUCAUUGCUCCGGACGACCACUGGGGCAUAUGGACUGCUCUCUACGCCGCUGGUGCUUUUGGCCUCUGGUCUGAGAAGACCAAGAUUGGUAGCAUGGUGAGUGCUGCUCUGGUAAGCACUUUGGUUGGACUUGCAGCAAGUAACGUUGGCAUCAUUCCAUAUGAAGCACCGGCUUAUUCAGUUAUCUUGGACUUCCUCCUACCAUUGACUCUUCCUUUGCUAUUAUUUAGAGCAGACUUGCGCAAUGUCAUUCGCUCAGCUGGGAAACUCCUUUUAGCUUUUUUGCUUGCUUUUGCUGCAACUAUGAUUGGGACAUUAGUGGCAUUUCUACUGGUGCCUAUGCGAUCGCUUGGUCAAGAUAAUUGGAAAAUAGCUGCUGCCCUCAUGGGCAGCUAUAUUGGUGGAUCGGUUAAUUAUGUUGCAAUUUCAGAGGCUCUUGGUGUAUCCCCAAGAGUUAUGGCCGCUGGAGUAGCAGCAGAUAAUGUCAUCUGUGUGGUAUAUUUUAUGGUAUUGUUUGCUAUUGCCUCGAAAAUACCUCCCGAGUCUUCAUCAUCAAGUAAAGGUGUUGGGAUGGAAAUCAAAUCUAAUCAAAGUCAAAAGCUUCCCGUGUUACAGAGUGCUGCAGCUCUUACUGCAUCUUUUAUGAUAUGUAAAGCUGCUAUAUACCUCACAAACUCAUGUGGAAUUCCAGGUGGUAGCCUUCCGGUAAUAACUGCUCUUGUUGUCAUUUUGGCCACUAUUUUCCCAAGGCAUUUUGGUUACCUUGCACCAGCCGGUGAUGCUAUUGCUCUGGUUUUGCUACAGGUAUUUUUUGCGGCAGUGGGUGCAGGUGGGAGCAUAUGGAAUAUCAUCAAAACUGCACCCAGUAUUUUCAUAUUUGCUCUCGUUCAAGUCACAGUUCAUCUUGUCCUAGUCCUUGUAUUAGGGAAGCUCUUACGUUUUGAUUUGAAAUUGUUACUUUUGGCAUCAAAUGCUAGUGUCGGAGGCCCUACAACCGCAUGUAGUAUGGCCAGGGCGAAAGGAUGGGUGUCUUUGGUUGUUCCUGCAUUACUUGCAGGUAUUUUUGGAGUUUCCAUUGCAACUUUCCUUGGCAUUGGAUUUGGAGUGAUGAUUCUCAAACACAUGUAGAUAUUGCAAUUCCCAUGGCUUGGAAUUUUCACUGUACAUGUUAUAUUUUUUAAGCCGUACUUGUUCUACUAUAUGCAGUAAAAGAUUUGAAGCUGUA